AUGCAGCUAGUAGACCUUGACCUCGACAGGCUAUUGUCUUCAUUUGUGACCUUUCUUCUAUCCUUGAUUCAACUCCUGGGCUUCAAUUGGAAAGUUCUUCUACUCUUUUUGUUUCUUAUUUGGUCUGUGACAAUCUUUACACGCCGUGCAAAACAGUCAAAAGAUUCUCCUUCGCUGCUGAUCGAGGGUUCUCCCUCCCCACAAGCGCCUUUCAAUGGUUCAGAUAUCCCUCCAAUAUAUCAUCAUCCACAUUCGCAGAUAUCUGACAGACCAACUUCAAAGUCGUCGUCGCAAGCUCAAAAAGAUCUGAUGGUGCAAGUCGCUCAAAAACAGGAUCAUCGUGUGAAGCAGCCCUACGAUGCCUUCCUUGUUUUGGACGUUGAGGCUACUUGUGAACAGGGGACCGACUUUGAGUGGCCCAAUGAAAUCAUAGAAUGGCCUGUUUGUCUGAUGCGCUGGAAGGAUAAAUCAGAGCAAGGAAAAGCUUGCCAGCUCGAAAUCGUAGAUGAGUUUAGGAGCUUCGUCAAGCCCACUUGGAGACCUCAACUCUCGCAAUUUUGCACGGAUCUGACAGGAAUCACGCAAGCUCAAGUCAACUCGGCGCCAACCUUCCAGAAGGUUCUGAAGAUGUUUGCACGGUUUUUGAUCCGUCAUGGAUUGAUAGAUCCGAAGAGCGGGAGACCUAUACAACGUUUCUGCUGGUGCAGCGACGGACCUUUCGACAUAAGGGAUUUCGUCGUGAAGCAAUGCUUCAUAUCGAAGGUACCUAUGCCAUUAUGGCUCAAAGGGAAUAUUCUCGACGUUAGAAGAGUCGUCUCGGUUUGGGCAGUUGCGCCUGGCAACGUGGACACCACAAUCCAGCCAUCGGCACGUUCUCAUAUUCAAUCAUUAAACAUACCUCAGCAGUUGCAAGCCCUUGGGUUGCCAGCGUUUCAAGGCCGUUUGCACAGCGGUAUUGACGACACACGGAACAUCGCACGUGUGAUGACUGAACUUGCUCGUCGUGGAGUCCGUUUGGAACCUAAGACAUCCAUCAAUCCAAAUCGUCGCUGGAAUUGGAUGGGAAAGCAUGGAGAGGUUCUCGAGCACACUCUAAUGUUCCAAUGA